AUGGCUCUUACUUCUGGAGAACGAUCAGCGCUGUGGUGUAAGAGGCAAAGGGAAAACGAGACCAAACACGAGGAGUACAAAAGGAAAGAAAGGGAAAGAUACAAAAAAAGAAAAGCGCUCGGGCAACUAAAACCAAUUAAAGAUCUAACAAAAAGAGAAAAACGUCAAAAGCGUCGUCAAUCAAAAUUAACAGAAGAAAUCCAAAGCAUGCAUUUUGGCGGGUCAAAACGGCAAAUUUCUAUACACACAGGAGUUGCAUAUGUCCACAACAAAACUAUUUCGUUUGCCACGAUUUCAGACAUACUUAGUCAUGCCCCUCCCACAAUAUGGGCCCACCUUCAACCAAUCAUUUUGAAUUUGAAAGACACAUAUCCAAGGCUUAAGAAAUUACACAUGAUUUCGGACGGACCAACCACUCAGUAUCGCUGUAAAACAAUUUUUUAUCUGUUUGCAACAAAACUCUUUGACCUUGGCUUCUCGGAAGGUGGUUCCUGGAACUUCAUGGAGGCGGGGCACGGUAAAGGGGCCCCGGAUGGUGUGGGGGCUGCACUGAAAAGAAACGCGGACGCGCCUUUCAACACACAUAACCGUGACGUCAUCUGCGCAGCUGACCUCGUCGAUGGAUUACAGCUGCAAAAAAGUACCAUUCUUGCAGUCGAAGUGAAAGAAAACGAUGUAAUAUUACAAGAGCAAACCAUUCCGUUAGCUGUCAGCCCAGUUCCACAAACUAUGAAGCUACACCAGAUUACUUGCAAAGAGAAAGGAGUUGUAUCAUCCAGGGUCCUGAGCUGUUUCUGUUCAGAGAAUUGUUCCUGUUACGAUCCUGUCACUACAAGAUUUGAUGUCAAUAUGCAUGAAAGUUCAAUGACAGAGGGUACAACAGUGUCCAUGCUUCCGGAGAUAGUGUGCUGGUCGUUCCUGUGUCUUUGGACGAAUCUCUCAUCGACCGUUUUUGUGUUGUGGAUUAUGACGGCCGUCAACACACAUAACCGUGACGUCAUCUGCGCAGCUGACCUCGUCGAUGGAUUACAGCUGCAAAAAAGUACCAUUCUUGCAGUCGAAGUGAAAGAAAACGAUGUAAUAUUACAAGAGCAAACCAUUCCGUUCGCUGUCAGCCCAGUUCCACAAACUAUGAAGCUACACCAGAUGCAUGAAAGUUCAAUGACAGAGGGUACAACAGUGUCCAUGCUUCCGGAGUCAGUGUCGAAUAAGGAUUACAGCUGCAAAAAAAGUACCAUUCUUGCAGUCGAAGUGAAAGAAAACGAUGUAAUAUUACAAGAGCAAACCAUUCCGUUAGCUGUCAGCCCAGUUCCACAAACUAUGAAGCUACACCAGAUGCAUGAAAGUUCAAUGACAGAGGGUACAACAGUGUCCAUGCUUCCGGAGUCAGUGUCGAAUAAGGAUAGUGUGCUGGUCGUUCCUGUGUCUUUGGACGAAUCUCUCAUCGACCGUUUUUGUGUUGUGGAUUAUGACGGCCGUCAAUAUCCAGGGAAAAUCGUCGAUGUCGAUGACAACAAUAUUGAAGUUUCCGCCAUGCAUUGUAUUGGUGACAACAGAUUUUUUUGGCCUCUUACCCGAGAUGUUAUUUGGUAUGAGGGAGUUAAAGUGGUCACCUUGCUCAAUAAUGAACCAAGCCUUGUAACCACAAGGCACCGUGCUAUUGACAAGACUGUUUGGGAAGCAAUAGUGAAAAAGAUGGAACUUUAA